CAUCGCUGGUGGGAAAUACGAAAAGAUAAACAUGGCGAGAGGAAAUGUGUAAUUUAGAGAAAAUCGAAAUUAACGAUUACCAUGCAACAGGUGAACAAAAAUGAACAAAAAGAACGAGAUUGGAGGUACCAUACAGGAGUAUGAUGUAGGAGAACAGUUGGGAAGGGGUGGCUUUGCCACUGUGUACAGAGCACGAUGCAGAAACACAGGAAGGGAUGUGGCUAUUAAAAAGAUCAACAAGAGUGAAAUAGCUGCUGGUGGACUCAUAAACCGCGUUCGACAGGAGGUGACGAUCCAUUCCAAGCUGAAUCAUCCAGCAAUACUCAAGCUGUAUGCAUUCUUCGAGGACCAGAGCUUUGUUUACCUUGUGUUAGAGCUGUGCUCUAGAGGCGAGCUUCAGAAGCAUAUCAAAAGUCUGAGAAGAGUCUUAAAUGAAGAUGAAGCUCGUGAAUAUCUCAGUCAGGUGGUGGCAGGGAUGCUGUACCUCCAUUCCCAGUCCAUCAUGCACAGAGAUCUUACAUUGUCUAAUCUCUUACUUGACAAUAAUGGUAAGAUUAAAAUUGCCGAUUUUGGACUUGCAACACAAUUGCGUCGCCCGGAUGACCGACACAUGACAAUGUGUGGAACACCCAACUAUAUAAGUCCUGAAGUAGCCACCCGCAGUUCCCACGGCCUCGAGUCUGACGUGUGGAGCCUAGGGUGCAUGCUCUUCAUAAUGCUUGUGGGACAUCCAGCAGUUUUUCCCUUCAAUUUUUCCACGCGUGUGGGAAUAGAGCCAGUGGUAAAUUCGACAAUUGUUAAUGAUUGGCAUUAUUUACAGAUCCCAAGUUAUGUGACAGCAAAUGCCCGUUCCCUUAUUUCGGAGUGUCUCAAGAAGAAUCCAAGAGAGAGGAUCAAGCUUCAGGCCAUCCCCCAUCAUCCCUUCAUGGCAGUUGGAGGCAAAACUGACAUCUCAAGAACAUCAGAUAGUGGACUAUACACUAUGACUACUGUGGCCACCACACAGCACACACGACCUCCUUUGACGACCAUUUCUGAGAGUGAUUUGUCAGAUACAGAGUCGAGUGGAUCAGAGAACAGACAAGGAGGGCAUCAUCAUAGGUUGCCUUACCUCAGGCACCCUCCAUCGCCUCCAAUUCGAAUGAAGUCCAACCCAAAAGACUUACUUCCACCAAAUGCUGGGGUGAUAGAUACCCUGAAAAGAAAAUUCACCCCAUUACCUUCACUGCAAAGAGGGGAUUUUGGUCAUUCUAAUAUGCCAAUGCCUCCUCUGAUUAGACGAGAACGAGAUGUUUCAGAGGAGAGACAAAAGCACCAACUGAUGUACAGCCAGAAGCAGUCAUCUCAUAGUGAUGAUCGUUCCGACUCCUCUCAGUAUUCCUCCUCACACAUGAGUGAUGAAGCUUAUCAUUACCAUUCAGGCGAGAAGAGAAGCAGCAGGACCAGGGAUCACAGUGCAAGCAGAAGUCAAGACUAUCAUUCUGCAGGCAGAAGUCCAAGCAGAAGAGAGAGGUCCCAUGAGCGCUAUGGUAGUGCCCACAGGGAAGUGUCAGAUAAUUACAGAAUUCACAGUGACACCGAAGAAGCAAAGGAGAGAGGAGGUCAUCCACGUAGCAGGUCAAAACAGAGAAGCUACUGCCAAGAUUAUCCUCAGAAGUCAGAAAAAGGCAACAGGGAUGCUUACCAUUCAGAGGAAAGGAAAGAGCAUUACCGCUAUGGACGGCCUUCAGAAAGACAUGAUGAAAGGCCCCAUAGAGAACAUUCUGGUCAUAGACAUAGAGAAUCAUCCAAAGAUAGGUAUAGUGAAAGAAACCGAGAUGAUGAAUACCAAAGAAAUAGAUCAAGAGAGAGACAUCAGCAUUAUCACAGUGAGAAAACUAACAGGAGAAGGGAUGAGGAACCAUAUAACCAGAAGACUCACCCGUGUUGUGAGAGUUCACAACAUAGAUCCUGGUGUAAGCAAAAAGGACGUAAUGAUUCAGAAAAGAAUGUAUCUAACUAUGAAAGAAGUAGAUACACUAGUAGAUGUGAAAAUGACAGAUAUGGUGCAAGUGACAGAGUCCAUGUUCCAAGUCAGCAUAGGCACACACAACAUGAACAACCAGUCAGAGCUGAGGGGUCAUCAUCUCGUGAUAUAAAUAUCCUGGGUGACCUUGCCCCUGUUAAGAAUUCAGUUCAAUCUAAGAAGGACAGUGAAGAUGCAAGACCAGGCCAUGGUGGCACAGUGCAUGAACAGCAUCCUGUAACUCCAACGAAAAGGAAACCAGAUUUGAACUGCCAGACUCUUAAGCAGCAAGUUUCUCCUCUUUCAUCAAGAAGGCUGAAGCCUAUCCGUCAGCGCACUAAGAAUGCCUUUCUAAAUAUAUUGGAGAAUGGCGAAAUAUGCUUAGAAUUCCUUCGCAAUAUGAAAGGACAAGAAGUUGUUGCUGAUGUUUGCAGGAUAUCACCAGAUGGAAUGAGGAUUGUCCUUUACCAACCAAAUGGAGGUUCUGGGUUACAGCCUGGAAGUGCACCUCCACCAUUGCCGACAGAAGGGGCAGAUUCCAUUUAUGGCUACGAAAACCUUCCAGCUAAGCAUUGGAAGAAAUACGUUUAUGCUGCCAGAUUUGUGAAGGUAGUGAAGGCAAAGACUCCUAAGAUUACUUACUACAGUGAUCAAGCCAAAUGUUUACUGAUGGAGAACUCACCUGAUCCUGACUGUGAAGCAAUCUUUUAUCAUGGUACAAAAAUCACAAAGAGUGGGAAGAAUGUGAUGUUAACAGAAACGACUGGGGUAGUACACAAAAUACCGCAGCCAUCUGGACACCAUAACCUACCUGAGCAGCUUCAGCCAAUUUACCUGCACUUCAAACAGAUCCAUGAGCACUGCCUGUAUUUAGAAAGAGUUCUCUCAGAGGUUGUUGAAAAGACUGGUCUGGGUUGCUUUCCCAUCAUUGUAGGACGUAAGCCUGCAUCGGUAUCAGCAACUCCUCCUAGCAGUGCUCGCAGUUCUUCUAGCCCACGAGAAGAUAAAGAAAACCUUUCACCAGUGUCUGUGCAGUCAUACAAAUUACCAAGAAAUGUUGCAGCACAGCUUGGGUCAUUUGAGGGCUCUGUUGCAAGUGUUCAGGUCGAAGGAAACUUCGUCCCUCGACUGCGUGCACCACUGAAUCCCCACAUCCCUCGAAAUGACUCCAAAGGAACAACGGGUUCUUCAAAACAUUCUGUCUCUCGAGUCUAUGUUCACAACAUUGGCUGGGCAUCACAGGAUGAAGAGGGACAGGUAUCAGUGGAAUACCUUGAUGGAACACAGCUGCAGGUCAGCAGCAACUCGCCAAAGGUGGUCUUCACUGACGCAUCUGGAGUCUCAGCCACAUACUCAAGCAAUGACAAGUUGCCGCUCUCUGUGCAGCAGAAGCUUUCCCAGAUGCAGGUUGUGCUGACAUCCCUUGCCAGGCCAACUGACUCCUCUGCCACUCCAAGACUUACUCACCCUGUUGGCCUUAGAUAGAAGUGAAGAAUUAUUACACUUGCAUUGUUGCAGUGGCAGUGGACUUGUUUGGAAUAAUGUGCUAAAAACAUUAUUUUAUAGAUGCAAUCCAUUUUCAUUAUAAGUUAAGUACAAAGUGCUUUUCAAAUGAUAAGGACACCGUGACAUCUCAAGCAAUGCUUGAUUGAGGUUUUAAUGCUGGCUAUUAUUGCUUAUCAUUUUUAACUAAUCAUGUGCAAAAUAUGUCUUCCAAAGAAAGCAGUGCUUAACAUUAUUUUGCCGAUAAUGAUGUCUUCCUGAAUGCAUAAUGUUGAAGUGAUAUUUUUCAGGUGUAAAUUUUCUGAAACCUGAUAUAUCUUCCUAUAGGACUUCCACCAAGCUUUAGCUUUGCAUCCUUAAAAGGAGAUGCAAAAUCUUCAAUCUCCUUUGAAUACUGAAAACCAUUUGUAUUUCUUAUAUUAUUUGAAUCAUUGUUACUAUGACAUUUGUAAACAAAGAGUCAAAAGUUUCCUAAACAAAGCUAAUGGGCUUCCAAAUCCAAAAAUAAAUGAGUAAUAAGUAAAUUAUAAAACAUGAGGAUGAAAAUAAGCAUGUAAAUCAAAACUAGAUUAUUAUAGAUGAAUGUGAUGUACCUUCAUAAUCUUUCUCGAUUUUUUCUAGUUGACUCUCUUCAAUAACCACUCUGUCCUCUUCUUUACUCUUUUCUUCUUUCAUCGGUCACAUCACCCUGUAAUUUCUUUUGACCAGCAAUGUUUAUAUUAAAUAUGGCAGCUUCCUUUGCUAUCCUAAUUGUUGAACUACUGGCAGAAGAAUCACCAUAGGACUAUAACAGUGGACAGUACCUCUUCAAGAUCUUUUCCAGAAAAUGUGCGAGAUGUUGAGAUAAAUAAAGUAUAAUAAAGAGUACGGAAUAUGUGAGAGAGAUGAAAGUGUUCAUGAAAUUGGUUUGUGAAAGAAAUAUAAAAGAAAGUGUGAUAACAUGUAACCAUUUUUAAGAUGUUUCUCUUUCUAGAUCUCUUAUGUAAAACAGAAAAUAUAUAACUUAAUCAUCAAUAUCCUUGAGAGUCAUUUUUAUAAUAUUUGCACCAUGUAAAUAGUGAAGAGAACCUCCAAAUUAAAUGUAAGGACCUUGUAAGUCAUUUUGAUCUGAAAUUUAUCCUAAGUGAAUUAUAGCAGAUGGUAUUUCUUGCGUGGCAUUUUGGCAAUUGUAUGGGUUUCACACCAGAUCUGUCUUGCAUAGUGUUUUGUUAUGUACUAUGUACAAGGGGUAAUGGAAUAUAUAUCUAUAUAUUUUUUUAUUAUUUGCUAGUAAUUGUAUAUGAUUAUACCUUUAUCUGCAUUACAUAAAAAUGACCACAUACAAAUAAAAAUUUAUUUAUUAAAUACAGGAAAAGAAAACUAUAUUUACUUAUCCCUGUGUCUUCCUGUUUAUUGAUUAUUUCUGUAUAUAAGGAAAAUGCAUGUUAGCAUUUAUAUUUCACUAUAUAUACUAUAAACUUUAUUAAGUUGAGAGACUGUAUUAAAUGUAUUCACUGUUUACUUGUAGAAAAGGUAUGAAUGAGACUGGAUAUUUUGACAAUAUGAGAGAUUUAUCUGACCGGUUUCG